CCCUUCCUGAGCUCUUCCCUGUGCUCUUUCCUCUCCUCUUUUGUUUCAAUAUUUAAUUGCAUUUAUUUUGGAAUUACUAGGCAACCCACCCCCAGAUGUGUAAUUUAAAGGUGAUGUGCUUGCAGUGAGAUUUUCAGGAUCUGCUCAGAGCACCAUCAUGUGAUACUGGGAUAAGGUGGAGUUUGGCUUUAAGGGGGAGUCUCCAGUUUUCCUCACCAACCUUUAGGAUCUCAGCUGGAGGAAUAUCGGAGGAUCUUUUCCCAUUCCUACUCCUUCUGCAUCCAGCCUCCUGAGCCAGCCCCAUAGCAGAGCAAAGGCAGGCAGAGCAGUUGCAAGCCCUGCUAGCUGAAAUUAAGGGGUUCAGAGUUCCUGAUUUGCCUUUGACUCAGUGCCAGUGUUGCUGUGGGCACUCAGCUGCUCAACAUCAAGUGAACAUCAUUAGGUGGUGCGAGGGGGAUGCAGCACCGAGGAACGGGCUCGGCCAAGGGUUCCCUGGCGGGCUGACGGGCGCAGUUUGAACGCCGGAAGUGCUUUGGAUGCCGGCGGCGGCGGCAGCAGCAGCGGCUGUGAAGGUCUUGCAGAGAGUUGGAAACGACAUGAAUUCUUCGGUUCUCAUCCCUCUGGGAAAUAUGUCCGGUCUCCUGAAUUUUUCAGAGAAGAACUCGCAGUUCUUGCAGUUUGAGGAUGAGGAUUGCAAUGUGCCUUUGGCCAUGGUCUUUACUUUGGCCUUGGCUUAUGGGACUGUGAUAAUUCUAGGAGUUUCUGGGAAUCUGGCCUUGAUUGUCAUUAUUUUAAAACAGAAGGAGAUGCGCAAUGUUACCAACAUCCUCAUAGUCAACCUGUCCUUUUCUGAUCUUCUAGUGACCAUCAUGUGUCUUCCCUUUACCUUUGUGUAUACUUUAAUGGACCACUGGAUUUUUGGGGAGGCCAUGUGCAAAUUGAAUCCUUUUGUGCAAUGUGCCUCAAUCACAGUCUCAGUCUUUUCUUUAGUCCUCAUUGCUAUCGAACGCCACCAGCUGAUCAUUAAUCCUCGUGGCUGGAGGCCAAACAACAGACAUGCCUACAUGGGGAUUGCUGCCAUAUGGAUUUUAGCCACAGCUUCCUCUUUGCCUUUCCUGAUCUAUCAUGUGUUAACAGAUGAACCCUUCAGAAACCUAACAUUUGAUGAAUAUAAGGACAAAUAUGUCUGCUUGGACCUGUUCCCGUUGGACACUGCCAGGCUUUCUUAUACCACAACGCUUUUGGUGAUACAAUACUUCGGACCUCUUUGUUUUAUAUUUAUUUGCUACUUGAAGAUAUACAUACGACUAAAAAAAAGGAACAACAUGAUGGACAAGAUAAGAGACAGUAAGUACAGAUCCUCUGAAACCAAAAGGAUCAACAUCAUGCUGAUCUCAAUAGUGGUUGCAUUUGCAGUUUGCUGGCUGCCUCUCACCAUCUUCAACAUCGUCUUUGAUUGGAAUCAUGAAAUUCUGCCUGUCGCUACCUGCAGCCACAACCUGUUGUUCCUGAUUUGCCACCUCACUGCCAUGAUCUCUACAUGUGUGAACCCCAUCUUCUAUGGGUUUCUCAAUAAGAACUUCCAAAGGGACCUGCAGUUUUUAUUUCACUUUUGCCACUUCCGCUCCCGUGAGGAGGAUUAUGAGACUAUAGCCAUGUCCACCAUGCACACAGAUGUUUCAAAAACCUCUUUAAAGCAGGCAAGCCCAGUCGCAUUUAAAAAAAUAAGUAGUGAUGAUGAUGACAAAAUAUAAAGAAGUGAUAAAUAUUCUACACCAAACUGCUGGAAGUGUGAUUGCAGGUGAAACAUAUUCAAGGACAAGCACAAUUACAUAACAAGUACAGAAUGGGUAGUGUUUUUCUUCUUUUUCCAAGGAACUUUGAUUGUUGUCACUUUGAAAUCGGACGCUGUGCAUUUUUGCACCUUUUACUGCUUUAAUGUUCACAGCAGUUAUAUCUGAAUCUUAUUAUAAGACAUAAUCGGGCCUGCUAGUACCUAUGGUUUUCAUCAGCUGUUUUUUUUUCUGUUCUCUUUGUACAGUUAUGAGCUUUAGCACAAAGAUAUAUUUAUUGAUUUUUUUCUUCAAAGAAGUGGUUUUCAGGAGUGUCCAUCUAAGACCACUAAAAACAAUACGAACCCCAGGGAAGCUGUCACUACAGAGGACACCCAUCCCAGCAUAAAAUUAGGACAUUCUGAUUUGAAGAGUUCUUCUUCAUUUUUUUUAAUUUUUUUUUUUUUUUUUAAUCCAGCUUUUGAUUGAUGUUAAAAUCCUGUAAAAUCAGCCUAGGCAUGCAGAAAAAUGAUUCUGUGAAACCUGUAGAAUAUGUUAAAUGGGGACAUGCAGUCGUCUCGUUCAUAGAGGCAAUUCAGGCUGUAACCACCUAGGUUCAAAGACAGGAUUAAGAGAGAAAUUUUGUUCUCAAUUAUGAGAAUAAAGCCCUACAGUAAUGCCACAGAGCACAAUGGGAUAACUCUGAUGUUUCACCAGAGCCAAUGAAAGCAGAAACAGACCUUCAGUCCCAGCUGAUUACAGCUGAUUGCAAUAUUACAGCCUUUUUAAUUUAAAAAACCCAAACCCCAUUUUCAUCUACCAUCAUUGACAGGAAUUAGUGUGGCUGGGAUGAAAUGUGUUGUCUGUCCCAAUCCUAUGAACCACGUAAGUCCUCCUUGGGACCUGUGUUCAGAAUCUAAAGGGCGAUGGGACUGUUCACUGUCUGGACAAGGUGCAAUUUCACCCUCACAGGUGACAGUGAAAAUCAGGUCUAGUAUUAAAAAAAAUAAGCUUUAGCUAUCUGAGGCUUUUCAUAAUAAUUAGUGCUGAUCUAUAUAAAUUAUGUAUAGGCUCAUAAUAGUCUGUGUUCAGACACAAUGGUAUAAACCUGGAUUAUCUCCAAGACAAUGAAUGGUUUAAUCAAGAUCUGCAAAAUUUAAAAGGAGGAUAUGAAUAUAGUUUGGGUGUAAUUGGUAUGUUUAGCUUCUAAACUCACAGUGCUUACAGUUGGUUGAAGUGGAGAAAUAUUUGCCAAAUAUACAGAAUAGAGUUCUGUGUGUUAUUGCUUAAAGUAUAUAUCCUUUAAUUACACAAAAUAUACACAACUAGAUCCGCAGCUGAGGGAAAACCACAUAACUUGUUUGCUGUAAGUGAAACUACAAUAUCCACCAGCUGAGUUUCUGUUCCAUACAGUGUACUUUGCUGUAUAAUCAAUGCCUUUUUGAAUAAUCAGCUUUUUAAAAUACAAUAUAGACGUUACUUUCUUUUAGCAAGGUCACUUUAAACCAUUCUGGCAGAGAAGAAGGUCUUUAAAAUGUCUAUAAAUGUAAAUGUAGCACAAAUGGCAAUCUGACCUGAUGUCUUUCUGAGCAAAAAAGUCUCAGGAUGUGAUGGUAAAUCUAAUAUGUUCUAAAUUUGACAAGGAUAAAUGCCUAAGAAAUGAAAAUUAUUUGGUUUGCCAGUAUCUAAAAGUCAAAAACUGUGCCUUGUGCUGUCCUAUAAAUAGUGUAGAAUAUUAAAGUAGCAAUGUGUUCUUGUGCAUUAUAAUUCCAUGUAUUUCUCUACGGGCAGGUAAUUUAAUUAAAAAGGAGGUUUCUGUGGUUGAGGACAGACAGGGAAUGUAGAAAAUGAAUUAUAAGACAGAACUUUCAGAGCUUUGCCCUUUUGUAUUUUAUGAGAUUUCCCUUUUCUUUGUGGUUCCCUAUGAAGUGUUGCUAAUAAUUUGACAACGGUCUCCUGAAAUUAUUCCCCUGUCACUUUAUAAUAAUUUUCAUAUGCUAAGGGGUGUGUAUUUUCGCAAAGAGAUACAAUGUAGAAAACCAACCAGGUUUUUCUAUAAAGAAUGUCACAGAGGAUUUUUUCCCACUAGGAAAAAAAAAAAAAAAGAAAAAAAAACAGAGUGAAUUUUAUGUUUUGGGGUUUUCUCCCCAUUUUGAAAAAAAACCAUAAAUAAAUAAAGUCCUCUCUUCCAAUCCAGUGGAAGAAGAAAACGGUAUUAUUUGAGAAAGUUCCCAGAUAGUUUGCUGGAAAAUGUUUGAUAAGGCUGAAUUAGGUAUUCAUACAGAGUAGUCAUUGGAGCAACUUUAGAAGUAUCUGCUGAUGAACAGGGGCCUGAAACUGGUGUGUCCUAAGAUUCCGAGAUCUCCAGUGGGAUAGCAAUGUAAUUCCUCCUAUGUCAAACUUUCUCCUGCUUGAGGUACAGUCUCAAAUCAUACAGCCUAUCUGAUACCAUCUCAUACUUUCUUCUGAGUUAUUUUCUCCUACAUUUCUCCUGAGAAUGUGCGUGAGGUGUUUUUUGCUACUAACACCUGAUAAACAAAGUGAAGUAUAAACAGGAGCAUUCCUUUGGGUCAGGAGCCAUUUUCUGCUGUCCUAGGAUCAGGCUUCUCUUACAUGUUCCUUACUUCCCUGCUUUCUGAGCCUCUGCUAAGGACACAGGCUAGCACAUCAUCGUACAAAUAGCACAGUGGAUGCUGCCUGAAAUGACGAUGGAAAUGAACGCAGCGGAAGGAAUAUUCAGCAGGAAAACGCAUUUGUUGAAUUUCAGAAGCAAAAUCAUUGCUCUUCUGAAGAAUUUGUUGUGAGGGCAAAGAUAAAAGUAGUCUCCUGAGGUGCUGCCCUGACAUCUGCAGGGCAUAGAUGACAUCUACUGAGAGCGGUAUUUUUGUCUUUGGUUUCAUGACUUCACACUCAAAAGUCCUCAAAAGCCACUGGAGAUUUUCCCCUCCUGACACCUGGCUACAACACUAAUCUUUUUCACUUGCAGAGCUCCAGCAUGGCUUCUCAUCCUCUAUAUACUACAUUUCUUUACAGGGUAAGCUGCCAGGUUUCAUGUUUCUCUAUCAUUUCUCAGUCAUUCUGGUUUGAUAUUUGUCCCUCCUAGGUGCUCUUUUGUCAAACUCCCCACACUUCAGCACAUGCUGAUUCCUAGCUCAAAAGCCUGAAGAUCCCUCUUAUUCUUUCAGACUAGUAGAAAAGUUUUACUGACAGAAAAACAGAACAGUGAGGGAUCUAUAAUGUGUCUUACUAUUUAUGUGCCAUACAUUUCAUGUCAAAUCUACAGCCUUAAAUGACAAAUGUAAAUAUUUAAUAAACAUUAAUAUCUGCUUCAUUUGUCAGUUAUUUUGUCAUCUUAAAUUUCACUUUCAUCCACCACAGGCAUUUAAAGCUUCUGCAUAAUCUAAAUACACCUGCAUAUUUGUAUGUCUUCUUAUUAAGUACUUCCGUAUUCCCAUAUUGCUUUUUUUUCAACAUAUCUCUUGAUUGUGUCAUUGUCAUUACGUACAGUAAUCCACAACUUUCACAUCUUCAUUUAAAAAAGGGUAAUAGUAAAGGAAGUAACUAAUUGACAAAAAUAUCUGCUUUUGGUAGGCUAGGAAAAAGCUGGAUACUAAAAACCACAAAAACAACAAAAAAACCCCAACCCGUCACCCCCACCCCAAGAUUCCCACCUCAUAAAAGAAAUCAGAUUUCAAUCAGAAAAAGGAGUUAACUUGACAGGACUCCCCAGGUCACUUGAGCUGAUGCUGACUGUAUCUUAUCACUGAUGAAGGUGUGCAGGGCUAAGGGCUCAUAUAUUCUGACUCUGCUAUCUUGCAGUACAGUACUAGCUAUUAUUAAUAGCUGCCAAAAGCAAAAUUUGAUACUGACUCAUAUUCAGACUGUAAAUCAGCAUAUGUUUAAAUCCAGACCUGUUCAUCAAAUUCCGAUUCUGACCUCAGAAAAAUGUUCUGAGAUCAGUGAAACUGAAGAAUUUGCUUAAUGUCAAUCAUUUGCCUAAGCACUCUACCAAACAAAAGUACACUGCUGUCUGGCAGCUCACACUCUUUCCUAAAAAUCAGAUUUUGGAUUUCAGCUUAUUAUAGAAAUAAAUUAAUGGCAUACAAUUUUUCUCUGGAUUUUUAUCUGCAUUUUCUCUGGAGUCCAGUGCCUGACAAUGCUUCAGUUUAAGGCUUUGCUUCCUAAAUCCUUCUAUCAAAGAAUUUACCAAACCAUUGCAUAGAGAAUGAAGACAAUAAGGAAACUCUUUUUUUCUUUCUGUUCCCAUUUUUAAAACAUACUUACCAGUGGGAAAUAUGAGCUUAAAUAAUACCUCUGUCUGCAAUGGAUUAAAUUAAUUCAGCUGAGUAGAAAGGGUGGAGAAAUAAUAAUUAUAAACAAACGAUAAAUUUUGUCGACAGCCAUUUCUCAGCUGAAGGAUACAUACAACUCCAAGUUCUACCAUGCUCUUUCAAUUACUGUGUUCUUUACUAUGUGGUAUUUGCUUCCCUGAGUCAUUACUAAAUACCCGAGUCAUUACUAAAUACUCAAGUCAUUACCAAAGUUGACGUGGAAGAAAAUUCUUCUAUGUUUUUCAGGAUUUCAAUGUUUGAGGACUACAUGUAAGAAGAAAAAAUAUGACCAGCUUUAGUCUCUUACACUUUAAUUACCUGUGGUCAGAAAUAACUUCUGUUCAGUAUUUCUGUUUGUGCAAAACGGUGUUAAUGGUCUAAUUGAAGUUGAUAUUUCAAAUAUUAGGGAAAACAUUCACAAAGACUAACUUCAGGAUGGCAGUUUUCAUAGCCUCCUUCAGUGGCAACCCGAGGGCACUCACACCUGCUCUACUUCACGUGCUACGCGCCUACCAAAACAUCUUUCUCUCCCUUACCUACACAGGCUGCUAAAGGAUGGCCAGCUUCCCAAGCCCAGCACUAGGCCUAGUGACUACUGCCUCCCUUCUUCCCUCCUCCACAGUGCUUCUGCAGUCACUUCAUAUUUCAUUCCCUUGGCAGCUGGUUUCUGAGGAAGUCAUAGGAAUUUAUGCUCUGUUUGUAAAGAGAAGAUGGUAAAAUUCAGGACAGUGCUUUAAAUAGUUUCUUCCAUUAAAAUUAUCUUCCAGCAAGUUUUUGGUAGGCAAGUUUCUCAAAAUUUGCACUCCAUAGAAGUAUGUAAUUUACAAAGCCUGUGUAGGAAUUAUGUCCAUACAGAACAUGCAGCACAUUGCUGCAAAACUGGCAGCAGAGAGUCUUGUGUUUUCCAAAGAUCUGGGCUGAUGAACUGGUUAUCUGACAUAGACCAGGCUUAGUUGCAAGAAAUUUGCACUAGAUUCAAAGGUGUUUGAGAUUACUGCACAGGAGAGGCUCUGCAUGGUUAACUUGCCACAAUUUAUGCAAAAAUUCAGCUAAGCAGGGGAAUAGAUAGACCAAAUUUGGAAAAGAGCAAAAAAGCAAAAGAUCUACAUGAAACCUCAAUGCAUUCUACAAGAUAUACACAAAAAGACUCAAAGGGAGACUCGAGACAUCUAUUUAUUUUGGGGGCCAACAGACUGACACAUAAAUGUUUUUUAGGCUAAAGUGGUGGUCAAAAAAGAAUGCGUAAUAAAUAGUUUCUCAGUUCCUGUUUUCAAAAAAAGGACAUGGAUCUUUACAAGUUACUCUGAAUAUGUAUUUUAAGACUCUUCACCUUAGAUUAAUCUAGAUCUCUAUUUGAAACAAGGGAAACAAAAUGUUUUUGGCGCAAUCAAAAAAUAACAGCUUUUCAUUGCAACCACCCACUACACAUGAAUUUGUUUGCUUCCACUUCUGCACAACACGGAGAACAUUUGUUUGUGGCAGGAGGAGUAACCUGAUCAACAAAUCUCUCCUUGUCUUUCCUGGUUUGUGUUCACACUGACACUGUGCUGCUGUUUGUCACUUUUUCACACCCCACUGCACAAGCUACAACAUUUUUAUUAUGCUAUUUUUAUUGUUUCUUAAUAAAAGCUCUCUGUGAAAAGA